CGGCGCGACACCGACGACGGCAAACAGCAGCAAUCGCCGCGAGCCUGCACUUCCGACGCCCUGAGCACCUUUGGCCGAGCGCACACAGCCAUCCACGAUGAUCCAGCUGAAGACCCUUGUCAACUGCAUCGACAACUCGGGCGCCGCCAUCGUCGAGUGUGUCAACGUCCUGCGAUCGAAGCGCCCGGCGAAAGUCGGCGACCGCAUCGUCGUGGUCGUCAAGAAGCAGCGCAACUUCGGCCCUGAGACGGGCAACAGCGUGUCCGUCAGCGCUGCGAACAAAGUCCGGAGAGGAGACGUCCGCCACGCCGUCGUGGUGCGCACAGCGAAGAAGUGGCAGCGGCCGGACGGCAGCGUGGUCAAGUUCGACGACAACGCCUGCGUGCUGAUCAAUAAAGCCGGUGAGCCCAUCGGGUCGAGAGUCAGCGGCGUCGUGGCUGCAGAGCUGAGGCAGAAGGAGUGGUCGAAGAUCUUGUCGUUGGCGCCCAUGCACGUCUGAGCAGUGAUGAAUGGCACGGAGAACAAGAGGGGCUGCAUUUUUAGGAGUACACGGAGCGCAGCGACACUGUAAAAUAUGUGUAUGCCAUUGUAUAAAUACCCACGGGUAUCAGAAGACUAGUUUUCCAGGACUCCACGCCGUAUGUAAAAGUUCAAACGCCGGCCAAAUGCCCAUCAUUAUGCAUCGUUCAUGUCGUGUGCGUGACUUUACCACAGCCGCAGCAGACGUAGUAGAGGGC